UUUGCUCGUUGAACCGAUCCCUAGCCUACUACUCAUCACUCGACUCAAUCGUCUGCUCCUUUGCCCGACAUGGCCAACUCUCUCGAGCAGCUCAAGGCCACUGGCACUGUUGUUGUCAGUGAUUCUGGCGACUUUGCAUCCAUCGGCAAGUACAAGCCUCAGGAUGCUACCACCAACCCCUCCCUCAUUCUCGCCGCGACCAAGAAGCCCGAGUAUGCCCCGCUCCUCGAUGAAGCAAUUGCAAGGGCCAAGAAGGAAGGCGGCACCAUCACCGAGCAGGUCGACCGGGCGCUCGACCAUCUCUUAGUCCAGUUUGGCAAGAAGAUUCUCGAGAUCAUCCCCGGCAAGGUCUCGACCGAAGUCGAUGCCGCCUUCUCGUUCAGCACCAAGCAGUCGGUCGACAAGGCCCUGCACCUCAUCAAGCUCUACGAGGCUGAGGGCAUUUCCAAGGACCGUGUGCUGAUCAAGAUCGCCUCGACAUGGGAGGGCAUCAAGGCGGCUGAGAUUCUGCAGCGGGACCACGGGAUCAACUGCAACCUGACGCUGAUGUUCUCCCUCGUCCAGGCCAUCGCGGCCGCCGAGGCUGGGGCCUUCUUGAUCUCGCCCUUCGUCGGCCGCAUCCUCGACUGGUUCAAGGCGGCCACCAAGAAGGAGUACUCCAAGGAGGAUGACCCGGGCGUUGCCAGUGUCAAGAGCAUCUUCAACUACUACAAGAAGUACGGCUACAAGACCAUCGUCAUGGGUGCCUCGUUCCGGAACACGGGCGAGAUCACCGAGCUUGCGGGCUGCGACUACCUGACCAUCUCUCCCAACCUGCUUGAGGAGCUUUUGAACUCGACUGAGCCGGUGCCCAAGAAGCUUGACGCGGCUGGCGCCGCCUCGCUCGACAUUCCGAAGAGGUCGUACAUUAACGAGGAGGCCAACUUCCGCUUCGAUUUCAACGAGGACCAGAUGGCCGUUGAGAAGCUCCGGGAAGGCAUCAGCAAGUUCGCGGCCGAUGCCGUCACCCUCAAGGACAUCAUCAAGUCCAAGCUGGAGUAAACGGUGGCAGCGAAAUCAAUAAAACAUGUUACUGGGUUUGGAAUUCGGCAUGACUUAGAAUGAGUGGGUAUGCUCUAGGUACGGGUAGAAUGGGUUAUUGUGGGGCAAGAAUGAUUGCCCAUUCACAGUCAUGUCAUGGUCCAUGUACUAAUGGCAAUGUGAUACACGCGAUGCCAUAGCUGCUGGGCAACGAAGGGUGUUUGACUCGCUCAAUGAUGGACAAUGGCCGUUCAGUGCUAUAUAUUGGCUUGUGCCUUGCAUUCUAAUCUGUCACAGCUAGAUCAACUUUUACAUCAACCCCUUGAUCCAACCCAACCCUCAAAUGCUGAGGAAGAAUACGGUAGAGCCA